CUUCCCAAAGUGCUAGGAUUACAGGUGUGAGCCACUGUGCCUGGCUGGCUUUUAGUGAUGUUUUUGCAUGAUUUUUCAGAAUUUGCAAAUGUAGUUUUCCAAAUAUUGUAUUACAUGAAUAAUUGCCUUUAUAGGCAGCCAAAAGGCAAGAAAAAGCAAAUAAAAAUGGAGAGUGGUAGAGUGAGGAGACUGGGACGAGACCUGCUUUGAUCCUGGCUGAGCUCAGUUUUCUCAUCCGGGAGAUGGACACGCCUCUUUCAUGGAGGCGGAGAGAAUAGUGUGCAGAGUCCCCGUGGGCGCCCAGACCCUUCCCCGAGAGCUGGCGUGGGGAGCCUCUACCUCUGUUGGGGGAAGGACCUGUGAUAUGCUGUGGGCUGAGUUGUUUCCCUCCAAUUCCCAUGUUGAAGCCCUAGGCCCCAUGUCACUAUAUUUGGAGAUGGGGUCUUUGCAGAGGUGAAAUGAAGUUGUUGGGGUAGGCCCUAAUCCAGUAGGACUGGUGUCGCCAUAAGAAGGGGAGAUCAGGACACAGACACACAUGGGGGUACCCGUGAGGACCCAGGGAGGAGACCCAUGGAGUGGGGCCCACCCUCCCCACCCAGUGUCAGAGCUGCAGCCUCAGGACAGUGAGGACACACGUCCCUGUCGCUCGCACCCUGUGGUGCUUUGUACGGCCCUGGAGGGCACUCCACAUCCUUCGGGGUCUGUGCAGAGAUGGCAUUGGGGUGUGACUGCCCCCGCUGGGACCCACCUCCAUCCCACAGGUCUGUCUUUCCCUUCAUUUCCUGGCGAAAAGCCCAAGCCGGGGCAUUCACGGUUCUGGGCAUGGUGGAGAGGGCCUUCUGAGAAGGCAGCGACCCCCUUUCGGGAGCCCUUGGAAGCUGGCGGUGGGCUCUGCGUGGCUGGGUCUGCCCUGCUGGGAGGAGCCCUAACACCCUGGAUCUCAGGCCUGCUGGUCCAUCUCCCCUAAGGCCAGUUAAGGUGACAGCAAAAGAAUUUAAAAGGCAAAAUCCCUUAGGGGCAAAGAGAAUGGGAGAGGCAAAAACUGGGGGGCUCAGGAAUGGAGGCCCAGGUUCCCUGGGUACGGGGGUUUGGAGGGCUGAAACUGGGACCUGGGGCAGCCUUCAUGGGGUGCUGCCAGACCCUGCGGCCCUCACCCUUGGAGACCCUGGGCCAGGGUGUUCUGGCUGCUGCUGCAGCUGGGCUGAGGGUGGGGAGGGCUGCAGAGGAGUGGGGUCUGCAGCUCCCUGCCUGUGCCCCCAAACCUGGUGGCUGGCAGGUGCGGCUGGGAGGACUUUUUCCUGGACAGACCAUCCCGGGGGAGACGCGGUCAGGUCUGCAUCUUCCGGGGCCCCUUGGGUCACUCACUGUGGGGUCCCACUCCUGGGGUGCCUCCAACUCAUUUCCAAGCAGACGACUAGUGCCUCACUCUCAGAUACGCAUCGCAGUCCCCACACUGCCAUGGAGAGGAGAGGGAUCAGCGCCAGGGACCUUGCAGGAGAUGAGCCAAGCCAAGCCACGGGGUCUCCCGAGAUCCUCGUUCCUAGCUGCCUGCCAGCGUCCUCGGCCCGACCCUGAGGAUGGACCCGGGAGACCCCACUGGUGACCCCGCCACUGGUGAGCGCCGCUGCACGGGCCAGGACCCCCUCCUGCUCCUGCAGGCCCUGCAGACCCUGUGGUCCACGUGGGAGCGGCAGCAGGCUCUUGUUGGACCUUCGUCUGUGACGCUCAGUCUCCCUCGCUCUCUGGCAGCUGUGUGUGCAGUCUCCAGGAGGAAGCCUGGCGGGGGUUUGCUGCCCUGGACGACCCCCUGGCGGGGCUUCUGGACAUGCUGGAGAGCUGCCGGGGCCGGCGGGGAGAGGGCCCCUCCCUGGAGGCCUGGAUCUCCCGCCAGCUGCAGUGCUGGCUACAGGCACAGCCACGCCCGAGCCCUGCCCAGCCUGAGGCUGAAGCAGCUGCAGGCCCGAGCGAUCCGAGUCCUCACUGAGAGCCCCCCAAGCCUUGUGGCACCGCUGACCAGCAUCUUCCAGCUGCAGGAUGCAGACAGGAGCUGCCUGCUGGUGCACGUCCACCGCCUCCACCAGGAGGGCAGGUUCAGAGAAGCAGUCAUGCUGGGCACGACGUUGAAGCUGCAGCCAGAACUUGAUGUUGAAAAGAUGAGCGUCCCACUGCUCCUCCAGGACAAGGUGGCCCUCGUGGAGCGCUACGUGGCUGGCUUCCCGGACCUCCAGAGGAGGCUGCUGGCCCUCAUGGAUUCCUGGUGCCAGCCCGGCUUUGACAUCAAGGAUGUUGCCAGACAGUACCCUGAGGUGACCUCCUUGAGCCUGGAGAAGCUGAGUCCAAAGGUGCUGAGCAGGCAGGUCUUGCGUCUGCAGGAGCGGUACGGCGUAGCCCCGGCGCUGUGUCCCAAUGCGGCCAUGUGGCAGCGCCUGGCGGCCCUGCGGCACCUGUGCCACAAGCGAUUUGUGGAGAAGAGCCUGUCUCAGGAAAACUGGGCUGACCACGUGCAGGGCCUGGUGGGGCAGAACCCGUGGCUUCAGGAGCAGCUGUCUCAGCUGCUGGUCUCCCACGGUGACCCAGUCACAGCCGCCCGGUGUGCCAUGGGCCUCUCACUGCCCGAGGAGCGGCUGCCGGCUGCGGUGGCUGUGGAACUCCGCCAGCUCAGGCUCCAGGGGAGGGCGGCUGAGGCUGACUGGAGGCUGGAGGUGAAGGACGUGAAGGACCGUUACUACCAGCUGCCCAUCCCCAGGGAGAACAUCCACCUCCUGGCCUCGUGGGAAGACCUGACCAGAUGUGAGGGUGCACUCCUGCAGCCCCACCAAGUAGUUGGUGUAGACCUGGAGUGGACACCUGUGUUCGUUGCUGGGGGCCGGCCUCGGCCGUCACUCCUGCAGGUGGCCGUGGAGGGCCGCGUGUUCCUUCUGGACGUCCUGGCACUCUCGCAGCCACCAACAGGGCAGGGAGCCCAGGCCUUCUCCCGGCUGGUGGCCCAGCUCCUCUCAGACCCCUCUAUCACCAAGCUGGGCUACGGGAUGGUGGGGGACCUGCAGAAACUGGGCGCAUCCUGCCCCGCCCUGGCCCAUGUGGAGAAGCAGAUUCUGGGUGGCGUGGACCUGCUGCUGGUGCACAGACAGAUGCGGGUGGCAAACAUGCCAACCUCAGGCACGGACAGGGCCAAGGGGCUGAGGGGCCUGAGCCUCCUGGUGCAGCAGGUGCUGGGCACAGCCCUGGACAAGACGCAGCAGCUGUCCAACUGGGACCGGAGGCCGCUCUGUGAGGAGCAGCUCAUCUAUGCAGCUGCCGAUGCCUACUGCCUGCUGGAGGUGCACCAAGCCCUGUGCAGAGAGCCUGCCCGCUUCCACCUGUCGGAGGACCUGGCCGGGAGCCGGAGGCCCAGGCACACAGAGAGACCAGGGCCUCAGAAGCCACCUGGCUUGCAGAAAGCAUCAGCCUCAGCCGCACCCAGGCAGGUCCCUGUGGCUGUGGCUGUGGCUGAGGGCACCGCCCCUCAGGUCCCUGCCAGGGCCUUCCGCGUGGUAUGUGACAACAUGCUGCAGGGGCUGGCACGGAGCCUCCGCUGUCUGGGUGUGGACGCACGCAUGCUGGGCAACGGUGACGACCACCGCAGGGCGGCCGAGGUCGCCAGGCAGGAGGGGAGGAUCAUCCUGACGUCGGGGCAGCCAUUCCACAAGCUCCGGGCCCAGGUCGGGGCUGGGCGCUGCCUCUCGGUCGACUGCUCCCUGAAGGCCCAGCAGCAGGCUAAGGCUGUGCUCAAGCAUUUCAAUGUGCGCGUCACCCACGCAGACAUCUUCAGCCGCUGCCAGGCCUGCAACUGUGACCAGUACCUGAAGGUCUCCAGGGACAUGAUGAAGCAGCUAGUGUGGCUCAGCGGCCACGAGGGGCCCAGGAGCUCAGGUGACAAGGCCACCCAGAGCCAGGAGGUGCAGGAGCCAGGCCCAGCCCCAGAGGCAGCCCCUGGGAGCUGCACCUAUGACCGUCCCUGCCGCUGGCUGCAGGCGGCUGACCUGCGGGCGGAGACACCCGACAUGCUGACCAAUGGCACCCAGCUGCAGCUGGCAGGGGUCCCGGUGGGCGUGCUGAGGACCCCCGGCCUGCGGCACUUCUACUGCUGCACGCGCUGUGGAAAGGUCUUCUGGGAUGGCUCCCACCUGGAUCGUGUAGCCACCCACUUCCGAGACGUCCUGGAGAGCACCCCCAGCCCCUGUGAGCCGAGCCCAGCCCCCAGCCCGGCCAGCAGUCCCUUCUGAGGACAACCAGACAAUAAACAUGGAAAGUGCCCGACUGCUGGGGCCACGGCCGUG